CAUUCUAAAUGAACUAACCAGUUUUGUGGAAAUCUUUACAAGCAAACAUUGAUUGCAAAAGGAGAUUUCUUCUAUCGGAUAACUUACGUGAUUUUUAAUACAAAGCAAUGCAUAUCGACAGGCGAGUGGAGCUAUUCCUACUGUUCGCAUUCGUUACUGUCCUGACUGUGGCCGCCUCGUCACUUUAUGGAGUAUACCUGCUUGUAGCGCUGUGGUGGGAGAACCUUGGGCCAAGGGAUUUUCUCAUCACCGGACUUACCAUCAUUAUCGUACAGAACACCACACGGUGGUACCUAGAGAGACGAGCGCAGAUUCAGUUACGACUGGAGCAGGAAAAGCGAUUCAAUUUCAUCCCUAAAAGGACAAGAAAACACAAGAAGCAAAACAAGGGAUGCCCCCAGAAAGAGCUAGAGAGCUUCAAGAAAGCACAUAAAGGGAUGUUGAGCCGCGCCUUAGCUGCAUGCGAGCGGUUGGACGCUAUGAGGAAGAGAAAUCUGUUGCGUCACAAGAACUUUAACCAGAUUAUGGAGCGCCACGCUCCCCGACCUCUUACCGCUGCACAGCUUAAGGUGGAGGCGCAGGCUCAGAGGAAACUAGAGCAACAAGUCGUUGAGAGUAGAAAGGAGAUUUGCGACUUGAUGAAAUGGAGCCGCGCACGUGAUAAUCAGAGAAAGGUGGUCGCCGAGAUCGAGCGUCAGCAAAACAGACACUUAGAGGACUGGCAACCCUCCAUUGUCGCGUCCACUCCUCCUCUGCCAUUCAACGCCAGGGAUACCGGCAAGCGACCCGAACGGGUCAGCUUCUUUGACGCCCUUGACAUGUUCAAAGCGGCAAAUGAAAUAUUUAGUAUUGAUCAAUCGCCCGGGCGUUUACUUGGUGUAGAAAACACAUUUUGCCGCGCCCUGUGGGCCUUGAAGGAUUUGUUGGAGGGUCAUUAUGUGCCGUCGUACAAGAGAAAAUACCGCAUCGCUCAACUUCUGAGCUGGUUCCCAACCGCAGGCGCACACGACUUCACCCUCAGUCCGCCUGACAGCAACAAAAACAACGCUGCCCCUAACAUCCGUGGGCUCUUCACUUACACCCCUGCCAUCCAGGAGUGCUUCAGGCGCCUGGGGUUUGAUGUAGCUCAAGAGACUGGCAAUAACUUUAAUGCUAGUGGGCUACAAGGAGACUGGGCCAUGCGACGAGUGAAGGGUCCCUCUCAUGAUAGCCCGCAAGAGACCGCCAUGGGUGUGUAUUUGGAGCAUGGGGACCUGGAGAAGCUUGAGACCCUCCAGGUCAAGGAAUUCAUGAGGAAUUUUGAGCGGGAGUGCAGAAAGGGUUCGUUCUUGAGUGACUUCCAAAGGUCGUGCCAGGUGACCAUGCCUGUGAUACAUGCGGCGAUGGAACGCGACAAGCAAUUGUGGCGUUAUUCUAUUAUCGCCAGACCUGUGUCGCAUGUCACAGCUAUUGCCCAGUUCGAGAGCGAGUUUGAUGUAAAGAUGCGCGCGGUGCGUCGCGAAGCGAUCCAUUACGAGGAAGAACACACAGGGACACGCUUUGCACAGGUCACGUCCGAGCGCGUGGAACGCGAGGAAGAUAGACGCCUCGAAGAGCGCCGUAAUAUGUGGAAAGCACUCCUCAGGCUGAACAGAGAGUCCGACCCGCUCCACUGGCCACUAGAGGUGCAGCUUAAGGACAAGUGGAGUACCGCCAGCAAGCCUGGCUUUGUGGCCGUGUGUGGUGUCUCUCUAUUCCUGGUCGGGGGCAUGAUUUACCACAAGUAUUUUGAGUAAGAACUCCAGUGCGAGGGGAAAGGUCCCGUCCUACCAGCUUUAGCAGAGCUGAUGUUAUCCUAAGGAG